AUGUCCGAUGUUCAAAGGCUGCCUCUUACCCUCCAGCACCAAGUGAUCGAGUGCUACUUGGAGGACGCCACUCCUGCCGACAGGCAUGACCCAUACCCAUAUGACGAGUGCACCCGCCUCAUGUUGGUAUGCCAUGAUUGGGAAUCCUUCAUCGUUGAGUUAACGAUAUUCUGGAAAAAUAUCACUAUCACGGACUCCGGGGCCAUGGGACGUGCCAUCAUGUGGAGUGGGGAUGAACCGCUCGACAUUCGUGGGCGCCUAAUUGAUGUAGAGGAGGAGGAGGACCUAUCGCGGCUCGACCUUCUUCUCCAGUACAGAGGACGAAUUCGGAGCCUGGACUUGAUUACCUCAAGAAUGGUACUGGCACAGUGGGAUGCGGACCGUUACACUGAGGUCUCUGUACUGGAGGAUCUAGUCUUGGAGAUGAUACACGGCACACAUGAUGACCCUGAAACCCGUGAAGAGGAUCUUCUCGCCAUCUUUAAAACUUCCACGUUGAGGACGGUGGAACUGAAGGGCUUUACCGACCGGGAGGCCAGCACCUUGAUGACGAAGAGAGUUGAAGCGUUGAGACUUCAGGGGAUGACGUUCACUGUGACAGACAGAGAAGACAUGAGGAGACCAUGGAAGACGCAGAAAGACGAGUCGAUCAUACUACAUGCUCUGGAUUCCAUGGAAAGUAUACGCCGUUUGGAUGUGGACUCGGGGCUAUUCGGGGAGACUGCACGCUACCCACAGGAUGUCAGUCUCCCCACCCUGCAUUCUCUAUCCUUCAUCAUCAAGACGAAGGAGCACGCAAAAGGCCUGGGUCUCUUACAUGCACCAAAUCUGCAGAACGCUUGCGUUGAGUUCUUGGCGCUACCCAAUGACCUGAACUCGGAGCUGCCUUCGAUUAGCCGUAUGUUGGACACGAUACCCUGGAACACAGAAAUGUCUGUGGCUCGAUUUGUCUUAGAGGAGACGGAUGGUCUAUGCAUCACCUUCGCAGAGGGCUCGCUGGAGGUGCUGAAAAUGCACUUCCAUCACGUUGGAGAACUCGGGACAAUCUUGCGUCUUCUAAGGUAUAACCUCUCGCGGUGUCUGGGGAAAGUUAAGAAUCUACAUAUUCUCAUGCACGAUGGACAAAAAGCGGUGAAGAAGCUCGAGACGGAGGCACUGGUCUUAUUACUAUCGGGUGCACCAGAGUUACACCACCUAGCAGUUCAGGUCCCUAUGACAGCAAUCGGCGAAACGAUAGAGAAGUUUGAGAUUUUCCGCACUCAGCAGCCGCUCCACGGCUUACUUAUUGGACCGGACGAUGUGCUCAAGCCGUCCCGAGUGGAGCUCGACAGACUUGCGUCUAUUGCAGUUGGAAUCACCCAGGCCGAGGACGCCCGCUUUCUCACCUACUUGGAGGCGCCGGUGUUACAGCAUGCAAGCUUCAAGGUCAGCGCGGCGGACGAAGAUAUAUCCUCCAUAUUGGAAUCCGUUGCACCCCAUCUUCACAAGAUCACCGAGAACAGGCCAUUACCGUUCUCCGAGUUCCAAUUAUUGGGGCGGACGCGACACAAUGUGCACAUUACUCUGGGCGACGGAGAGGGACACCUUCCGGGGAUCGAUCUACAAUUCAAGGAGAUUAGAGCCCAGGCAGCCUUGCUGCACUCUUUGGCAGCACACGUUGCUCCCUGCUUUCGGCUAGUGGAUAACGUCUCCAUCCGAAAGGGAGAUGGAUACGCUGACGGCACCGGGGCAGCAUGGUGUCAAAUCUUCAGGCCGAUGCUCAAGGUUCGCAUGUUACGCGUGGAAGGGCAAGGCGCUAAGGCAAUGCCGUCGGGGAUCGCGUACAGAGACAACAACAGGGACACCCACCGCCCGCUUUUCCCUGCCUACAGUCGCUAA